AUGUCAGCAGCCAUGGACUCAAUCAGUUGUUCAAUAUGUCUGGAUCUACUGAAGGAUCCGGUGACUAUUCCCUGUGGACACAGCUACUGUAUGGGCUGUAUUAAGGACUGCUGGGAUCAGGAUGAUCUGAAGGGUGUCUAUAGCUGCCCUCAGUGCAGACAGACCUUCACCCCAAGGCCUGUUCUGAACAGAAACACUAUGUUUUCUGAAUUGGUGGAGACUCUGAAGAAGACAGGACUCAAAGCUGGUACCCCUACUCACCAUUAUGCUGGACCUGGAGAUGUUGCGUGUGAUGUCUGCACUGGGAGAAAACUCAAAGCUGUCAAGUCCUGUCUGGUGUGUCUGGCCUCUUACUGUGAGACUCACCUCCAGCCUCACUAUGAAUCUCCUACCUUUAAGAAGCACAAGCUGGUCAAAGCCUCCACACAACUAGAGGAGAAGAUCUGCUCUCAUCAUGACAAACUGGUGGAGAUUUACUGCCGUACCGAUCAGCAGUUUAUCUGUUAUCUGUGUACAAUGGAUGAACAUAAAGGCCAUGAUACAGUCUCAGCUGAAUCAGAAAGGACUGAGAGACAGAGGAAGGUGGGAGAGAAAAAUAAGGAAUCCAAACAGAGAAUCCAGAAGAGACAGAAAGAGAUGCAUGAGGUGAGACAGGCUGUGAAGUCACUCAAGCGCUCUGCACAAGCAGCAGUGGGGGAAAGUGAGAGGAUUUUUACUGAGCUCAUCCGCUCCGUUGACAGAAUGCGCUCUGAGGUGAAAGAGCUGAUCAGAGCCCAGGAGAAGGCUGAAGUGAGUCGGGCUGAAGGACUGCUGAAGCAACUGGACCAGGAGAUGGCUGAGCUGAGGAGGAGAGAGGCCGAGUUGGAGCAGCUCUCACACACAGAAGACAACAUCCAAUUCCUCCAGUAUUUCCAGUCUCUCUAUGUCCCUCUAUUACCCAGCAUCACUGUCAACCACCACAUCUCCUUUGAGGAUGUAAAGAAAUCAGUCUCUGGGCUGAAAAGUAAAGUUGAAAAUAUAUGUUCUGCGGAAAUUGCCAAAAUCUCUGUAAAAAUGACAAAAGUCCACAUUAAGACGAGGCCUGAACCCAAGACCAGAGAGGAGUUCUUGGAAUAUUCCUGCCAGCUCACAUUGGAUCCCAACACAGCACAUAAAAUGCUGUGUCUGUCUGAGGGGAACAGAAAGGUAACACAGAGUAACAACAACCAGCUUUAUCCUGACCAUCCAGACAGAUUUACCAAUGGCUGCCAGGUGUUGUGUAGAGAGGGUCUGUCUGGAGCCUGCUACUGGGAGGUAGAGUGGACCGGGGUGGAGGUUUAUAUAGCUGUCUCAUAUAAAGGGAUAAACAGGAGAGCCUGGGAUUGGUUUGGAGCCAGUAAUCAGGCCUGGUGUUUGGAGUGUGGUGCCUUUGACUGCUCUUUCUGGUACAAUGGUAAACGGACUGCCAUAUGUGUCCCCCUUUCCACCAGAGUAGGAGUGUACCUGGACCACAGGGCAGGAACUCUGUCCUUCUACAGUGUCUCUGACACAAUGACGCUCCUCCACAGAGUCCAGACCCCAUUCACUGAACCCCUCUAUCCUGGGUUCGGUUUCGAUUAUGGAUCUGUGAAUAUACUGACAUAGACACAGUCAUUCACUUUGAUGAGAAUACAGACAAGCUUUAUCCUCUUAAGACUACAGUGCCCGAUUUCGGGCACUAGAUUUACAGGUAAUUAUUGAUCAUAUGUUUAGUUAUUUUAUUUAUUUCACAACGUUUAUAAGUCAGAACAAAACAAACUAGACAGUUAAAGGACACUCAGAGGCAGGUGCAUCAAAGCUGGUACCGAGAGACCGAAAAACAGCUUCUAUUUCCAGGACAUCAGACUGUUAAACAGUCAUCACUAGCUGGCCUCUGCCCGGUAACCUUCCCCGAACACUGUCACUAGCUGGUUACCACCUGAUACUCUGCCCUGCACCUUAGAGA